AUGGCUGAUUCCGACUUGUCUUCUUCACCGGUAAUACCCACCAACUCCGUCGAAACCCUAGAGGAGUCUUCUUCCUCAUCAAUCGCUGCCCAUGUUGUUCAGUCGUUGGCUCUUUCGUCUCCAAUUCGCGAUCCUGUUGGUGAUGAUCAGGUUUCAAUUCCGCCUCGAAACUCAGAUGGUUCUUUUUCUUCUUCUCCGAUCAGUUUGGAGCAAGGUGCUGAUUGUAAUAACAACAACUCGUUUCAAAUUGGGAAUACUUCGCAAGCUCCAGACGAAAUCAACGAUGAGAUUUGGGGUUCGACUAAUAUUCGUGAGAGACAUGAAUCAUGGACUCUGAAUGGAUAUGAUACUGAUGAUGAAUCUUUAUAUGGGUGGAACCUACCCUUGAGGAGAUACAAGCAAGAGCAUGUGAAGAUCAUUGAGCCUUCUUAUGUUGGAGCUGGACUUUGGAAUUUAGGCAAUAGUUGUUUCGUCAAUUCGGUGUUACAAUGUUUUACUCACACCAUGCCUCUUAUCGAGAGCCUCCAUACAUAUAAGUAUCAAGAUCCUUGUAACUGUGGUAAUGAGAGUUUAUGUGUUAUAAGGGCUCUUCGGUGGCACAUCGAUUCUGCACUGACGACUUCAAGAUAUCCAUUAUCUCCGGUUUACUUUCUCAACAAUCUCACCUCUAUCAUAGAUUUUUCGUCUGACUUCCACCGUUACCAACAAGAAGACGCCCAUGAAUUUCUACAAGCGUUUUUGGAUAAGUUGGAGAGAUGUUGUUUGGAUCGAACGAGUGAUCGUGGCUAUACUUCUUCUCAAGAUGAUAACAUUGUUAAGCGUGUCUUUGGUGGUCGUCUUGUCAGUAGGCUUCGUUGCUGUAACUGCAACUCUGUUUCUGAAACAUUUGAAAAUUCUGUUGGGUUGAGUUUGGAAAUUGAAGAUGUGGACGACCUUUGGAGCGCACUAGAAUCGUUUACCAGUGUGGAAAAACUUGAAGAUCAAUUGACGUGUGAUGACUGCGAGGAAAAAGUUUCAAAGGAGAAGCAACUCUUGCUUGAUAAGUUACCUCAGGUUGCCACGUUCCAUCUGAAGCGAUUCAAGAACAACGGAUUUUUUAUGGAGAAGAUCUUCAAGCCUGUCGGGUUCCCAUUGGUGUUAGACUUGGAGCCAUGUAUCAGCAAUAACCAGAAUAACGAAGUUGAGACAAAAUAUCAUCUCUAUGCCUUUGUUGAGCAUCUCGGGUCAUUAGCUUACGGUCAUUACGUCUCCUAUGUGAGGUCCGCUCCAAAGACAUGGCAUAAAUUUGAUGACCAGAAGGUCACGAGAAUCGAUGAACAUAGUGUGUUAUCACAUGAUGCAUAUAUUCUUUUCUAUGCAAGAGAAGGUACUCCCUGGUUUUCUUCAGCCUUGGAAGAGAUGCAGCCAUUGCUUGAAGCUAGCUUACUAAACUCUUCGCCAAAGUCUGUCCUUGAUCCUAGCAAUGGGGAGUGUUCAUCUGAAAUUAGUUAUGAGAAUGUGGAUAAAUCCAACAAACCCUGCAACUCGGUGGUAGUAUAUAACCAACAUGCCAAGACAGAAGAAAACUAUGUCUCCCUCUCUGACGAGUCAAACGAAGAUAUGUUUCUAUCAGCACCAGAGUCUAGUGGUGAGGAUUCUCCCAUGAGAGAGCUUUUGGACCCGGUUUAUGAUUCUUACGGUCCAUGUACCGAAACCUUACAGCAGAAAGAAGCAGAUUCCUGUUUAGCCAUUGAAAAAGCUAUCAAUGGUGAUAAGUUUGUUCCUGUUCUCAUGGUUCAAAAUCAAGACGCGUCUCCAAAACAGCAAGUAGGAACUUUCCAUAUUCAACUCGAGCAUUUGGAAAGCACAAAGAACGAAGAAGAACCUUGUAAUCAGCCAUUAAAAAGCGACGAGCCAAACAAAGAUGUGUCUUUAUCAGCAGAGCCUAGUGUCGAGGAUGUUCCCAUGUCAGAGCUUUCGGACCCGCUUGAGACUAAUGAUUCUUACGAUCCAAGUGCUGAGAAAGAAUCGGAUGCCUGUUUACCCAUUGAAAAAGGAACCAGUGGUGAUGAGUUUGUUCUCGUACGCAUUGUUCAAAAUCAAGACUCGUCUCCGAAACAGCAAGAAGGAACUUUCGAUGUUCGACUCGAGCAUUUAGAAACCACAAAGAACCAAGAAGAAGAAGAAGCUUGCAAGCAGCCGUUACUAAGCGAUGACGUUGCAGACUAUAUGGAAACAGAAGAACUUGGUCAUGGAGAGCUCACGAAGAAACAGUCACCUCGUCCUAGAGAAUUGUACGAAGCCAUUGCUUACACUGGUUCUCCAACCAAAAGAAUGAAAACCGAAUCCGAAAAUGAUGAUCUCUAG